AUGCCGGCUGUGCCGUCGCUCCCCCAGCCCUGCGGGAUGUCGGUGUCGCUGCCCCAGGGCAGUGGCCCUGUGGGCUGGGUCACUGCUGGAGUAAGGCCCUGUCCUAAAGGGAAGGUUGGAUUCAGGCAAGGACGUUGGACGUUACUUGCUGUCAAGCAGCAUCUGACGAUGCUAGCUGUGCCCACGUGCAUCCGUAAAUCCCCGCCGGCGUUCUGCUUCGCCCUGCCCCGGCAGCUCCUCCUGGGCGCCGUUGAACUUGUGAGGGUUCACAAUGCGAUGAACUUGCCGCCCGACAAAGCCCGGCUACUGCGGCAGUACGACAACGAGAAGAAGUGGGAGCUCAUCUGUGACCAGGAAAGGUUUCAAGUGAAGAACCCUCCACAUACGUACAUCCAGAAGUUGAAGGGCUAUCUGGACCCGGCUGUAACCAGGAAGAAAUUCAGAAGACGAGUCCAAGAGUCUACUCAAGUACUCCGAGAACUGGAAAUUUCUUUAAGAACAAAUCACAUCGGAUGGGUCAGGGAGUUCCUGAAUGAAGAAAACAAAGGCCUGGAUGUUCUGGUGGAGUACUUGUCCUUCGCACAGUAUGCAGUCACGUUUGACUUUGAAAGUUUGGAGAACAAUGUGGAAAACUCGAUGGACAAGUCCAAACCUUGGAGCCGAUCCAUCGAGGACCUGCACAGAGGCAGUAAUUUACCCUCACCGGUUGGCAACAGCAUUUCCCGCUCUGGCAGACACUCGACUUUACGGUAUAACACCUUGCCGAGCCGAAGAACACUAAAAAAUUCCAGAUUAGUGAGUAAAAAAGACGACGUUCACGUCUGCAUCAUGUGUUUACGAGCCAUAAUGAAUUACCAGUAUGGAUUCAAUAUGGUCAUGUCCCAUCCGCAUGCCGUUAAUGAAAUUGCACUAAGUUUGAACAACAAGAAUCCCAGGACGAAGGCUCUUGUCUUGGAACUUCUGGCAGCUGUUUGCCUCGUCAGAGGAGGGCAUGAAAUCAUUUUAUCUGCGUUCGAUAACUUUAAGGAGGUGUGUGGAGAGAAGCAGCGCUUUGAGAAGCUGAUGGAGCACUUCCGAAACGAAGACAACAAUAUCGACUUCAUGGUGGCUUGCAUGCAGUUCAUCAACAUCGUUGUCCACUCGGUGGAGGACAUGAACUUCAGAGUCCACCUGCAGUAUGAAUUUACGAAGCUCGGCCUGGAUGAGUAUUUGGAUAAACUGAAGCACACGGAGAGUGACAAACUGCAGGUGCAAAUUCAAGCCUACCUGGAUAACGUUUUUGAUGUGGGAGCUUUACUGGAGGAUGCUGAGACCAAGAAUGCAGCCUUGGAAAGAGUUGAAGAACUGGAAGAAAACAUUUCCCAUUUAUCUGAAAAACUCCAAGAUACGGAGAACGAAGCCAUGGCAAAGAUUGUGGAACUGGAAAAACAGCUUAUGCAAAGAAACAAAGAACUGGAUGUGAUUCGGGAAAUCUACAAAGAUGCAAAUACCCAGGUUCACACCUUGAGAAAAAUGGUGAAAGAAAAAGAAGAAGCCAUCCAGCGACAGUCAACGCUGGAGAAAAAGAUCCAUGAACUGGAGAAGCAGGGAACCAUUAAGAUCCAGAAGAAAGGUGACGGUGACAUCUCUAUCCUUCCUGUGGCUCUGGCCUCUGGGAUGGUGCCGGCAGGGUCAGAGGCUGUGGCUGGCACAUGUGUCGCACCAGUCACUGGAGCUGCAUCUUCAGUGCCGUUGCCACCACCUCCACCACCAUUACCCGCCUUAGCAGCAGCGUCUGAGGCAGGUAAGAAGCACUUUGUCCCCAAGAGUGCAAAAUCCCCCCUGCCCGGGACAGCCUCUCCCACCGUGGUGUUCAACUCAGGGCUCGCAGCUGUGAAAAUCAAGAAGCCGAUCAAGACCAAGUUCCGCAUGCCGGUGUUCAACUGGGUCGCCCUCAAACCCAACCAGAUCAAUGGGACAGUCUUCAACGAAAUAGAUGACGAAAGGAUCCUGGAGGAUUUAAAUGUGGAUGAAUUUGAAGAAAUAUUCAAAACAAAAGCCCAAGGACCAGCCAUUGAUCUUACUUCAAGCAAGCAAAAGAUAACUCAGAAAGGGUCAAACAAAGUGACGUUACUGGAUGCCAACAGGGCCAAGAACCUGGCCAUUACUUUAAGAAAAGCUGGAAAGACAGCAGAUGAAAUAUGCAAAGCUAUUCACGUGUUUGACCUGAAAACAUUGCCGGUGGAUUUUGUUGAGUGCCUCAUGCGGUUCCUGCCCACCGAGAACGAAGUGAAAGUGCUGCGGCUCUACGAGCGGGAAAGGAAACCCAUCGAGAACCUGUCCGACGAAGACCGGUUCAUGAUGCAGUUCAGCAAGAUUGAGAGGCUGAUGCAGAAGAUGACCAUCAUGGCGUUUAUAGGCAACUUCGCAGAAAGCAUCCAGAUGCUGACCCCGCAACUUCACGCGAUAAUAGCUGCAUCUGUCUCAAUAAAGUCAUCCCAAAAGCUUAAGAAAAUACUGGAGAUAAUCUUGGCUCUCGGAAACUACAUGAACAGCAGUAAACGAGGAGCUGUGUACGGAUUUAAGCUACAGAGUUUAGACCUGCUCCUAGAAACAAAGUCAACAGACCGAAAGCAGACCCUGCUGCACUACAUUUCAAAUGUGGUCAAGGAGAAGUACCAGCACGUGUCCCUCUUCUACAACGAACUUCAUUAUGUAGAGAAGGCUGCUGCAGUGUCUCUUGAAAAUGUCCUCUUGGACGUGAAGGAGCUGCAGAGGGGCCUGGAUCUGACGAAGCGCGAGUACACCAUGCAUGACCACAACACGAUGCUGAAGGAGUUCAUUCAGAACAACGAAGGGAAGCUAAAGAAGCUGCAGGACGAUGCCAAAAUAGCCCAGGAUGCCUUCGAUGAUGCUGUAAAGUACUUUGGGGAGAAUCCCAAGACGACACCCCCCUCAGUCUUUUUCCCAGUGUUUGUCCGGUUUGUGAAGGCCUACAAGCAAGCAGAAGAAGAGAAUGAGUUGAGAAAAAAGCAGGAACAGGCCUUAAUGGAAAAACUCAUGGAGCAGGAGGCAUUGAUGGAGCAACAGGACCAAAAGUCCCCUUCGCAUAAAACAAAGAGACAGCAGCAAGAGCUGAUUGCAGAGCUCAGACGGCGGCAAGUCAAGGAUAACAGGCAUGUGUACGAAGGGAAGGAUGGUGCUAUUGAAGAUAUUAUAACAGAUCUUCGAAACCAGCCGUACCGACGGGCCGACGCGGUGAGGAGAAGCGUCCGGCGGCGCUUUGACGAUCAGAACUUGCGCUCUGCCAACGGUGCUGAAAUAACCAUGUGA